AUGCAAUACGUGGAUCCGCCCGCGCAACAGAUGAUGAUGAGUGGUUAUGGGUGUAGUUAUGGGCGAAGUGAUGCAAUAUCGCCAGCUUCUGAUCUAUCAUCGUGCAGUAGUGCGUCGUCAGGUGCUUGGUGUGGCACUACACACUGGCGGGAAUUACCGCCUUAUCCACAGUAUCCAGCUUACUGGCCGCCUAGCACGAACACAGAAGAUGCACGUGAACUUCAACGUCGAUGUGCUAAAUGUCGCUGCCCUAACUGCUUAACAGAAGCUGCUGGCUUUGGGCCUAAUUAUGGAAAAGAUGGAGCAAAGCGGGAGCAUGUCUGUCACGUCCCCGGUUGUGGAAAAGUCUACGGGAAAACUUCACAUCUAAAAGCUCAUCUUCGCUGGCACACGGGAGAACGCCCGUUUGUGUGUAAUUGGUUAUUCUGUGGAAAGCGGUUUACGCGGUCUGAUGAACUACAACGGCAUUUACGCACACAUACUGGCGAGAAGCGAUUUGCGUGUCAACUCUGCGCAAAACGGUUCAUGCGCUCAGAUCACUUAGCGAAACAUGUGAAAACUCAUUCUAACGUGACAAGAAAAAGUAAAAAAUCAAAAGAAGAUGACAAAGUCGACUCUCCAAAGACAAGUGAAGAUAAACCUAUUACACCUCAAUCAAUAACAGAGGCAACUGUGGCUGCCCCAACUUCUGCCUCAAUUGGAAGUACUAAUUACGGAACAGUGCCAGUUGCAAAUACGGCCCCUAAGCAAAUGUUAAAUUACGCAACAGUAGCUCCUAAUAUGAUGCAUAACACGCCCUCAAGCUAUAGUAGCAGUGCGAUGUUUGGAGGUGGUAGCAUGAUGUACGGAAGUGCGUGGUGUCCGGAAGUCCGUCAAGACACAUUAUACGCUCGUACGCCAGCAAGAGAUCCAAGGUUUUAUCAACAAUAUCCUUCACCCCUUGCAGCUUACCAGUGCGCGUCUAAGGAUAACUAUGCAGUGUUUCAAGGACAUUAUAAUUUGCAACCUCCAGUUGCUAUCGGACAA